CGCCCACCUCGGCGCAUGCGCAGCACCCGCCGACCUGGCCCCUCCCGGUCCUAGUCCGGCUCACGCCUCCGUCCAGGACACUGGGUUCCCUAGGAGCUGCCUGGGGCUUAAUGAUUGUCCAGAAGGCGGCUAUAAAGGGAGCCUGGGUGGAGGAGGGAGCAGAAAAAACUCAACUCAGCAAAUCUGGGCACUGACAGCGCUACAAACAGGAGCAGAGUCGUUGUGGUCAGAGCUCUGUGUCUUGGCUGGCAGGGCUGGCUCUGUUCUACCAUGGCGGCCCAAGGCUAUGGCUAUUAUCGCACUGUGAUCUUCACAGCCAUGUUUGGGGGCUACAGCCUGUACUACUACAACCGCAAGACUUUCUCCUUUGUCAUGCCAUCAUUGGUGGAAGAGAUCCCUCUGGACAAGGAUGAUCUGGGGCUCAUCACCAGCAGCCAGUCAGCAGCCUAUGCCAUCAGCAAGUUUGUGAGUGGGGUGCUGUCCGACCAAAUGAGUGCUCGCUGGCUCUUCUCUUCUGGGCUGCUCCUGGUUGGCCUGGUCAAUGUAAUCUUUUCCUGGAGCUCCACUGUAUCGGUCUUUGCCGCUCUCUGGUUCCUUAAUGGUCUGGCACAGGGGCUGGGCUGGCCCCCCUGUGGGAAGAUCCUGCGGAAGUGGUUUGAGCCAUCCCAGUUUGGCACUUGGUGGGCCAUCCUGUCAACCAGCAUGAACCUGGCUGGAGGGCUGGGCCCUAUCCUGGCAACCAUCCUCGCCCAGAACUAUAGCUGGCGCAGCACACUGGCCAUAUCUGGAGCAAUCUGUGUGGUUGUCUCCUUCCUCUGUCUGCUGCUUAUUCACAACGAACCUGGUGAUGUUGGACUCCGAAACCUGGACCCUGUCCCCUCCAAGGGCAAGAAGGGCUCCUCAAAAGAGGAGAGUACCCUACAGGAGCUGCUGCUAUCUCCCUACCUGUGGGUCCUCUCCACCGGCUACCUUGUGGUUUUUGGAGUAAAGACCUGCUGUACAGACUGGGGCCAGUUCUUCCUUAUCCAGGAGAAAGGACAGUCUGCCCUCGUGGGUAGCUCCUACAUGAGUGCCCUGGAGAUUGGGGGCCUUGUAGGUAGCAUUGCAGCUGGCUACCUGUCAGACCGAGCCAUGGCCAAGGUGGGGCUGUCUGUCUACGGGAACCCUCGCCAUGGCCUGUUGCUGUUCAUGAUGGCUGGCAUGACGGCAUCCAUGUAUCUCUUCCGGGUAACAGUGAACAGUGACUCCCCAAAGGAUGUUGCUUUCUGGACUCCGGCUCUUCAUCCUCUCGCUGAACUCACAGGCUUUACAGAACAUGAGAUCUGGAUCCUGGUGUUGGGAGCUGUGUUUGGUUUCUCCUCGUAUGGUCCCAUUGCCUUGUUUGGAGUCAUAGCCAAUGAGAGUGCCCCUCCCAACUUGUGCGGCACCUCUCAUGCCAUUGUGGGACUCAUGGCCAAUGUGGGCGGCUUUCUGGCCGGGCUGCCCUUCAGCACCAUUGCCAAGCACUACAGUUGGAGCACAGCAUUCUGGGUGGCUGAGGUGAUCUGUGCAGCCAGCACAGCUGCCUUCUUCCUGCUCCGAAACAUCCGAACUAAGAUGGGUCGAGUACCCAAGAAAGCUGAAUGAAGAGUAUCAGCCAGCUCUGGAGCACUCCUACCUGUGGCCUUUACCUGCAGAUGGUGCAGUGCAGAAAGGUUGGAGGCUGCUCCUGCUAGCACAGAACCUUCAACUGGAACCUUGGCCUUUCUGUAUCUGCACUGUUCCUUCACCCAGGUGAUAUCAUAACUAAGAUGAGGUUCUAGCCACUGGUAACUUCAUCAUAACUAGGAUGAGGUUCCAGCUCCUUACCCUACAUUCUAUUUAAACAAUCGCUUUUGUUCUUGGACUCCAUUAGCUCCUAUUUCCUGCCUUCAAAUGAACAGAAACUCCUGCAGUCAGGUGGCCUCCUGUACCCUUCUUUUUCUCUUGUCCCCAUCCUACCGACUCCCACCUGAGAUAAUGCUGUUCCUGCUGCUGUGGGGCACUAAUGGCCUGUAACUUCUGCUCUGCCUUAAGGCCUCUUCACAGUGAGCAAAGCUAAUACAAAUACCUCAGUCUCUUAGGGGAGAGGAGGCCACCACUCUCACCAAUACUCUGGACAGUAGGGAACUGGAGGGAUGGCUAAGAUGAGUUGUUAUAGAAGAUUAAAACUAGAUUUGAUACUAAACAUUCAGUGACUCAUUCUUUCAAAAGGGUAACAUAAGCUAGAGACAGCUUUCCUUAGGAAAUUACUCUUGUCAAUACCUAAUACUUCCACCUCAACCAGAAAAGACUUCAUUUCCUUGGAGUGGGAAAGGUGAAGUGUAGAUGGAGCAUUUAAGUGUAUGCCUCCUUUGCCUUCAGUUGAACACUAUACUUCAGUGGUAAUUUU